CGUGGGUCCUGUUCGCCGCGAGUGUUUAAAUGGGGUCUGGCCCCGCCCGUCGGGGCGGCCCCGCCCCCAGCCCGGGAGUCCCCGCGUCUCGCUCCAGCAAACACAGGCCCUGAAGGGGCUGGGCUGACCUUGAGCCCCGACCCCACGGGGUCCAGAGAGCGGGGCUCCCUACCUUGGUCUGAGCAAAAAGGGCCUGGGAUUCUGGACUCCUGCAGCAGGAGGGCCCUGGAGGCCUGGGUUCUCGUCUCUGCCCAGGGGGUGCUGGAGACCUGACCCCUAGGCUGGGGGGUGGGGGCUAUCGGACUGGGUCCUGGGGGAGGAGAGGCCUGGGGGUCCGGACUUCCCGGCCUCCAGGUAAGAGUGAUAAGGGUAGACUAAAUUUCUCCCUGUCCCCCACAUCACCACCUUUUUCAGAGGUCAGUUCUCAUACAUUCAUUUAAAAUAAUGUAUUACCGCAGGGGAAGCACUUUGCUGGGUGCUGUGUUCUAGCUGUGACCUAAGCAGGCAGGAAUUCCCGCCCUCAAGCUGGCUGACACUCCAGGGAGGGGCUGUUCUCAGUUCCCAGCUCCGUGAUUGUCCACACACCGAUGGACAAUGUUAAUCGCAUGUCUCCCCUGCUCUCAUGCUCUCCUAGUGGUUCUCCUUCAUUUGCUGCUCCUCAGUUUCCCUGGCUGUUUCUUCCGCUUCAGCAUUUUUGAAGGGAUGGGGGAGAUGGGGGGGGGGGUCUCCAUGUGUACUCACUUCCUUGGCAAUCUCAUCCAAUCUGGUGACUUUAAAUACCAUCCAUAAGCCAGCAACCCCCAAAUUUACAUCUCCAGAUGAGAUUUAGCUGUGGUCACUCAACUUCUCCACAGAAAAAUCUAUCAGGCAUUCCCGACUCAGUGUGCCCAAACCUCCAGCACUUCCCUUCCCCCUGCCCCAUAACUGCUUCCCCUCCGCCAUCCUGUCUAAGGAUGCUCCAUCUUUUUUUAGUCGCUUAAGCCGUAAGCUUUGGUCAUCCUGGAUCUCUUUCUCACACACACACACACACACACACACACACACACACACAAAACCUUAUCUACUCCAUCAACAAGUUUUGUUGGCUCUACCCCCCAAAUCUUUCCAGAGUCUCCCCAGUGCCCACCCACACCCUGGCCCACCUGUUACCUCCCACCUGAACAAUCAUAGCAACUUCCCUAGUCUCUGUCCCUUCCCCCAGUUGGUCCCCAAAGGCAGUCAGAGGGACCCGUCAUCUCUCCCCCUCCCCCACCCCCACAGGAAGCAGUUAGCCUUGCUACCAGCAGGGUGACAUCCGCUUUUGCUGCCUCUCUACUCCCCCACUCUUCCUCAGAACCUCUCUGGACCAAAUCCCUUCCAGCCCCCAACCCACCAUGCUCCCUCCAGGCAACAUCCUGCUCCUGCUUUUGCUCCCAGUGGCUGCAGCUCAGGUAACUCCAGGUUCCUAUUCCGGAUGUGGGCCCCUCCCUCUGCCACUUCUGGCAGGCCUUGUGGCUGCUGAUGCUGUGGUGUCUCUGCUGAUAGUGGUGGUGGUGUUUAUGUGUGCCAGCCCACGUGACAGGCCCACCCAAGAAGAUGGCAAGGUCUACAUCAACAUGCCUGGCAGGGGCUGACCCCCUGUAACUGGGACCUCUGACUUCUGACCCUCUCAUCCUGGAUUGUGUGUGGUGGCACAGGAAACCUAUUCAAUAAAGCGACUGAAAUGCC